AUGUCUAUUAAUUCAUUAAAAAUUCCACCUUCAUUGUUAUAUUUAACACCAAAACAAUUAUCAGAGGUGCAAAAGUUGCGUGAUGAAACACCAAACGGAACAACCUGGCCGUUAUUCACAACAAAUCACGUCAUUUAUUUCCUCACUCUUUAUCUCAUGUCAAAAGCGAGUGAACGCAUAAUAAUACGAUUUCUUAAUCCGAAUAUCCCUUUGCAUCACCUUAAAAACUGCACAACUUAUGUUCUGGAAAUUAUCUGGACGACUAUUGCUUUAGGAUUGCAGCUGUCAUGUUAUCGAUUAAUGCUACGUGAUUUUAAUUAUCGCGAUUACCAAUUUGCUCAAAUAAUUGGAGUUAUUCUUAUUGACUUGUAA